AGGUUAAAAGCCUUGUAUUUUAAACUGUUGGUCACUGAACUGCAAAUUAAAGCUUCUGUGAGAUUUUCAGUGGUGUUAGUUUCUUUCUUUUCUACCUAGACAAAAGAGUAAGCAAAUAGUAUAUGAUGGGAAAACUGACACAUUACCUACUGUUUCUUUAAGAAACCAGCUUAUCCAGGGGGAGUUUAGUGUGUUUAACCUAACCUGCUAGCAAGGAAAAGUUCUUUAAAAUAAUGGAUAUUAGCUGUAUCCAAUCACAAUUAUCAAUUUCACUAACUGGGAGGAGAUUUUACUGUUGAGCCACUAGAAUUGGAGAAGGAGGAGCUUGGUAUUCAGGUUUGGUUGCUUGGGAGUACAGCUCCAAGUGAAGUUAAUCUGAGGUGAAGCAAACAGAAAAUUGUGGAGGUUUUGUUGGAAUGAAUCUGAAGUCUGCUGCAGUAAAACACUGAAGGCUUUAAAAUGUUUUCUUGCAUAAAACUCAAACUAUAAGUAGCUGCUUAUGAGGAUAGGGAAGGCAGGAAGCUAAUGUCAGUCUCAAGAUACAGGACAGCUGUUUGCUCAUCAACCUCAACUGUCCCAAGCAACAGCAGAAAAGACAACCUGACAUAGGGAACUGGGGACUACUAUACAGAGAGAGAACUACAGAGCAUCCUCAGUACAGUAGGAACCCUAAUCCAAAGUCCCUAUACUUUUAUCAGAGUGUGUGACAGAGGAACAUGGCUCAAGAAACUAAUCACAGCCAAGUGCCUAUGCUUUGUUCUACUGGCUGCGGAUUUUAUGGAAACCCUCGUACAAAUGGCAUGUGUUCAGUAUGUUAUAAAGAACAUCUUCAAAGACAGAAUAGUAGUAAUGGUAGAAUAAGCCCACCUGCAACUUCUGUCAGUAGUCUGUCUGAAUCUUUACCAGUUCAGUGCACAAACGACAGUGUCCCAGAAGCUCAGUCAACGUUAGACCCUACGUCUUCAUCUGUGCAGCCAAGCCCUGUAUCAAAUCAGUCACUUUUAUCAGAAUCUGUAGCAUCUUCCCAAGUGGACAGUACAUCUGUGGACAAAGCAAUACCUGAAACAGAAGACCUGCAAGGACCCAGAGCAGAGGGCCUUGUUCCUCUUGAAUGUGAUCCUCCAUUUCACUAUGAUAGGUGCUGGAGAUUCAAAAAGGGAAUAAGAUACCAUCCCUCUCCUCAACGGGCUUACAGUGUAGUUGGGGAAACAGGGCACAUAAAUACAAAAGCUUCAGUAUCAGAUACAGCACAGCAGCCAUCUGAAGAGCAAAGCAAGUCUCUUGAUAAACCAAAACAGAAAAAGAAUCGCUGUUUCAUGUGCAGGAAGAAAGUGGGACUUACUGGCUUUGAAUGCCGGUGUGGAAAUGUUUACUGUGGUGUGCACCGUUACUCAGAUGUACACAAUUGCUCUUACAAUUACAAAGCUGAUGCUGCUGAGAAAAUCAGAAAAGAAAAUCCAGUAGUUGUUGGUGAAAAGAUCCAGAAGAUUUGAACUCCUGCUGGAAUACAAAAUCCUUUGACCAUCUGCAAACUAAAAAUUGACUUGAGGUUUUUUUUUCCUAGUCGUUGGGAAUGUAGAGCAAUGUAUCUUGCAUAGAACUUUUAAUCAUGCAUGUCAUCAGAAGAAUAGAUUUUUGUUUUUGUUUUGAAAAUGACUCUGAACAUUUAUUUCCAUUGCAGUUUCUGUGGCCGAAAAGACUUAAGUAAACUUUACGAGUAUUAUCCUUUAAGAUCAUUUUAAUUUUAGUUGAGUGCAGAGGGCUUUUAUAACAAAUAUGGAGAAAUUUUGGAGGGUUGUGAUUUUCCCAGUAUUAAACAUGCAUGCGUUGAUCUUGCAGUUUAUUUUCUCAUUGUGUAUGUAUAUAUAGCUUUUUCUCUGCAGCAUGAUUUCUCUUUCGAUAGUGCCCUUGAGGGCACAACUAGUUAUCAGUAACUGAAUGUAUCUUAAUCAUCAUGGCUGCUUCUGUUUUUUCAUUAACAAAGGUUAUACAUAUGUUAGCGUAUAGUUUCUUUGUACCCACUAUUUAUGUCUGAAUCAUUUGUCACAAGGGAGUGUGUGCUGAUGAGAUUCUAAGUUUGUGUGUUUUUAAAUUUUUUUGAGCAAGGGAAAGGAAAAGCUGUAUGCGUUUCAUUGCUGACUGCAGGUUUCUUUCACAUUACGUUCAUCAGUCUGUAUAUACAAUAUGAAGAAUGAUCUGAAGUAAUUGUGCUGUAUUUAUGUUUAUCCACCAGUCUUUGAUUAAAUAAAAAGGAAAACCGUAGCA